AUGAGUUGUUUUGGUGGUUGGUUGAAUAAAGAACAAGAACAAACAAGAAUCCUAAAGGAAAAGAAUUAUUUUGGUAGUACUCUAUUCAAAGGUAGAACCAACUUUAAAUUAAUAUUGGUUGGAGAUUUGGAUAGUGGAAAGACAACGAUAGAGAGAAGACUUGCUGGUGAAGCAGUAUCUGAAACUUAUGAACCGAGAUGUUCAGAAUUCUCUAAUCUCAUACUUCCAAUCAAUGAUUAUCAAAUUAAGGUUUGUCUUUGGGAUACUAUGGGACAAGAAAGAUUUGUAAAUAGAUUACCAACACCAUAUUAUCGUGGAUCAGAUUUCAUCUUUAUGGUUUAUGAUAUAACAUCUUUGACUUCAUUUACAAAUUUAUCUUUAAAUUGGUUGAGUGCGGUGACACAACAACAAAAACAACAAGCCAAUGUUAAUUGUGUCACUCCCAAUAUUCUAAUUAUUGGUAAUAAAUUGGAUCUAUCAGAUAAAAGAGUAGUAUCAUUUGAACAAGGGCAAACAUUUGCACAAGAAAAUGGUUGUGAAUAUUUAGAAAUUAGUGCAUUCAAAGGUGACAAUUUCCAAUCUUUAAAAGAUCAUAUAAUCAAUUAUAUUCAACAAAAAAUCAAAAUAGAAUCUGAUAAUUUAAAUAAAUAA